AGUGUGCAAUUCUUCAGUUCGAACAUUGAUUCUGUUUGUGCUGCGUGUGUUUUGUGUAAAUUCUGUUGUGCCAUCAUCAUUUCUGUUGAAAAAUCGACUUUUGCCAGAGAGGAAUCAAUAGUGCUUUUUCCCAGUUCAAAUCCACAAAGUAGAUUCUCCCAUUCCGUGUGAAUAGAAAAGAAAAGUUUUCGUUUAUAGUUUGCACCAGUACCAAUUUUCUAUAGCUGUCAUCAACGAAUUUUGUCAAUAAUUUGGUGUGUGUGUUUUUUCUCUCGUCGAAACUGUCAUUUGUAAUUAAUAUUUCAGAGUCAAGCUUAUUGGUUCUUUUAAACGGAUAAGCUUAAAAAUUAGAAUUUAUUCUAAUUGGUAUAUUGUUGCUUCGUGAAGUCGGACGGAUUUUGUGAUACGAUAAAAAAAAUCUCAAAAACCAUCCGUUCACAAAACAAAGAAUAGCAGCAACCCAUAAAAAACAAAAUAGAUUCAAUCGAAAACAGCUACGAAAGGUAAGCUGUUUUCGAUUUUCUGUGUGACGUAGGUCAAUAUUAGCACAAUUACAAGCGCUGGUUGUGGGCGAAUUUGCGCCCCGCAACAGCAAGAGAAAAGCGGCACACUGAACUUCUCAAGUUUCAAAAGUAGCUUCACCUCAAAUGUCAAUUUCCUGAAACGAAGACAAUUUAGUUCGGGAGAUUUGUCUUCCGAAUGCGAUGACGUAGACCCAAACGAUCCAACAGGUACUGGUACUGGACGUGCGGCGCCUCCUCUUCAACAACAACCGAUGCCGAAUCCAAGCGGUGGCCCACCCAAUAUCCCACCACCGCCAGCUCCGACACGUGCUCAAGCUGGAAAUGCACCGGAUCUUUCGUUGAGUUUUGGUAAAGGACCGGCACGUGGGACUAGCGCUCCGGCAAGCCCGGCAAAAUCACGUGAAAGCUUAUUGCAACGCGUUCAGAGCUUAACUGGGGCUGCCCGAGAUCAAGGCGCAUCAAUUAUCGGUGCUGCUGUUCAGAGUGCAACGCGACCAGCGUUCAACAAAGAUCGUUGCUUUACUUUGCUUGUGCUCGAUGAUCAGAACACUGAUUGGUCCAAGUAUUUCCGAGGAAAGCGAUUGCAUGGCGACUAUGAUAUUCGAGUCGAACAAGCUGAAUUCAAGGAAAUUGGACUAGUUUCAAGUUCGGAGAAUGGAACGAUGGUAUCGAUGUCAGUGUUUCGCGGUGGCACCAAGGUGAUGCGUUCAUUUCGACCAGAUUUCGUACUGAUUCGUCAGCCACCACGUGAUGGUUCUCGCGAUUAUCGUUCGACCUUGUUGGGUCUUAAAUUCUCCGGCGUUCCAAGCAUAAACUCAUUGAACUCAGUUUAUCAAUUUCAGGACAAGCCAUGGGUGUUUGCGCAUUUGUUACAAUUACAACGUCGUCUCGGAAAGGAUAAUUUUCCAUUGAUUGAACAAACAUUUUUCCCCAAUGCUCGCGAAUUGUUUUCGCAACAAUUUUCGCAGCAAAAGUAUCCGUAUGUAUUGAAAGCUGGUCACUGUCAUGGCGGGACAGCCACGGCAAAAAUUGAAAAUGCGAGCUCAUUGCAGGAUGCAGCUGGUUUGCUAAGUGGUUCUGGACUUGCAGACACUCAAUGCUACUGUACAUUGGAACCAUUUAUCGACGCUAAAUUUGAUGUGCACGUUCAGAAAAUUGGCAACAACUACAAAUCAUUCAUGCGCAAGUCGAUUUCAGGCAAUUGGAAAACCAAUCAAGGAUCGGCAAUGCUGGAACAAAUUGCAAUGACCGAAAAAUACAAGAGCUGGAUUAACGACGUUUCUGAGUUGUUUGACGGAAUGGAAGUGUGCGGUUUAUCGAUUGUCGUUGCAAAAGAUGGAAAAGAGUACAUUGUAUCGGCUUGUGAUAGUACAUUGACACUCAUGGGAGAUACACAAGAAGAUGAUCGUCGCCACAUUGCCGAUAUCGUCGUGACACGCAUGCAGAAUGUCUGUCGCCCACCAUUGGGUGGUCAAAAAAUGUCGCAGCGUCCAUCUGUAUCAUCAUCGUCGCGUGGUAGCCCAUCUGAAGAGAAUGCACCGGCCGUUCCGCCGACUGCAAGCUAUUCACGAGGCUCGUCAAUUUCGGGUGCACCACCACCAAUUCCGGAGCGUUCAACACCCGGACCAGGAUCAAUUGGUCGUCACGGCAGCUUGAGCAGUGUCUCUUCUGACUUACCACCAGAGCCCACUGAACGUGCUCCAACUUUGGCAAGUGUUGGUCGUCGUGAUUCGGCAGCUUCGCAAACAUCAACCGGUUCAAAGACAUCGUCACGUGCAGCACCGACCAGUCAAACAUCGGUGGUCGAAGAUGCCGAGGAUACGAUGAAAAAUUUGCGUAAAACUUUCGCUGGAAUAUUUGGCGACAUGUAGGAAUUAGCUGGCAAAAAACGUGGAAGGACUAGCGAUACUGGUUCGUUGACAUCAGUAUCAGCUCAGUCACAGAAUCAAACACCCUCAUCAGUCACAUCAACCACAUCAAGCAGUGUUUUUAAAUAUGAUCAAAUAAAUAAAACCGCAACCAUUCCAAAUAGCAAUAAUUUGGUUAAAAGUGAUUUUACUUCUAAUUUGGAUAGUACAACGAUCGAUACAAAUACAAAUGCAUCUUCAGGUUCUUCCAACGUUUUAAGCGCCUCGAUGGGGCCAACACAGGUUAGCGCAAGCUACAGCAAAUUCCAAACAAAUACGUUAAACCCAUCGGAACGUAUAAAUCCAUUUGAUAAAAAUAAGACGGCAUCAAAUGUGACACCAUCUACAACAGCGACAUUUGAAUCCACCUCUUCGGUGACAUCGUCAUACACGAGCAGCGCAAGCGGUUCGACAUUGGAUGAUCUAACGAAAAAUCGGUACGAUAAAUAUCAAGGAGCUACAGCGACAACAACAACAAUUCAGUCGACUAGCCGAUACGGAGCGCCAACAACGAGCUCCAGUUUAUACUCAAGUGACAGUGAUGUAAAAAGUACAACUUCAGCACUUGGUAGUACUACCAUAUCAUAUGCCACUGGAAGUGAUUUGACAAAAGCCGAUUACAGUGUCACCGCAAGUGAUGACUAUUCGAGAAAAAAGCCGGCAGACACAAUCACAUCGAAAACUGUUUCAUCCAGUCAACGCGCAAAUGCUGCCAAAUAUGCCUUUGAAACAUCCAAAUACUCGACCGGUUCGAUGUCCGAUUCGGAGAUCAUUUUUGGUUCAAGCGAUACUCUGGACCCACCAUCAAGGCGAUCACAAUUUGGCAGCAAUAAUUCAAGCACAGUUGAUGCAUCAAAAUCAAUUUAUGAAUCAAAUCGAAGUAUGUCAUCGUUCAAUCGCAGUUUGAGCGUAUCUUCGGAUACAAACGGUGAUUUUGCAAACGAUCCACGGGUCAAUACAUCGUAUCGCAUUUAUGAAGGGAUUAAUAACGCUGCAUUCCAAGAUUUUGAUUCACCGGUUAAAACAACAACAGCAUCAACAACAGCAUCAUCGACUAUCCCCGAAACUGCCACCAGUUUUUCAUCAACAUACAUUAGCGGCAGUAAAAUCUUCAACGAUGACGAUGACGAUGACUACGAUUUGAAAUAAGCAUUUUGAAACAGUUUAAAAUGAAUAUAUAAUUUUAUUUUUAAGAAGAGUAUGUCUUUUUUGGGUUCAAAUACACAUUUUUGAUGAAUAUUAUUAGCUUCGAAAUAUUAUGCAUUUCGUUUUGCUAUUGAUGUAUUUCAUUUAAUAUAAAUAUUUAUUUCGAAUUAUAGAAUAAUAUAGAAAUAUGUAGCCUCUGAAGUUUCUUGGUUUCAUAGAACAUUUCAGUGCUUAUUUUGUUUGAUUUUAUUUUAAUUAAAAUGACUAAAACCAUUUACACGACUAACCAACUUCAACAAAAUUAUUUAUUAGGACAUUGAACAAGGAAUAAUAUAUAUAAUAAACAAAAUUAUGAUAUUAUUAUUAAUCGUAUGCUAGAUCAAAAAAAGAAAAG